AUGGCGUUCCGCCGGCGCACCAAAAGUUACCCGCUCUUCAGCCACGAGUUCGUGCUGCACAACCACGCGGACAUCGGCUUCUGCCUGGUGCUCUGCGUCCUCGUCGGGCUCAUGUUCGAGGUUACCGCCAAGACUGCCUUCCUAUUUAUUUUACCUCAAUAUAAUGUUAGCAUGUCUACAGCAGAUAGUGAGACUGUGCACUACCACUAUGGGCCCAAGGACCUAGUCACCAUCUUGUUCUACUUUUUCAUCACCAUCAUCUUACAUGCAGUGGUUCAGGAGUAUAUUCUAGAUAAAAUCAGCAAACGACUUCAUCUCUCCAAAGUCAAACACAGCAAGUUCAAUGAAUCUGGCCAGCUAGUUGUCUUUCAUCUCAGCUCGGUGAUAUGGUGCUUCUAUGUGGUGGUGACGGAAGGAUAUUUGACCAAUCCAAGGAGCCUCUGGGAAGACUACCCACACGUGUACCUCCCCUUCCAGGUGAAGUUUUUCUACCUGUGCCAGCUGGCCUACUGGCUGCACGCGCUCCCCGAGCUCUACUUUCAGAAGGUGCGGAAGGAAGAGAUCCCCCGCCAGCUGCAGUACAUCUGCCUGUACCUGGUCCACAUUGCUGGAGCGUACCUCUUAAACCUCAGCCGCCUGGGCCUGAUCCUGCUUCUGCUGCAGUACUCCACCGAGUUCCUCUUCCACAUGGCCCGGCUCUUCUACUUUGCAGAUGAGAAUAAUGAGAAGCUGUUCAGUGCCUGGGCUGCUGUGUUUGGGGUGACUCGCCUCUUCAUUCUCACCCUUGCUGUGCUGGCCAUUGGCUUUGGACUGGCACGUAUAGAAAACCAGGCUUUUGACCCUGAAAAAGGGAAUUUCAACACCUUGCUGUGCAGGCUCUGCGUGCUGCUGCUGUUGUGCACCGCCCAGGCCUGGCUCAUGUGGCGAUUCAUCCACUCGCAGCUGCGGCACUGGCGCGAGUACUGGAAUGAGCAGAGUGCCAAGCGGAGAGUCCCAGCUGCCCCCCGACUCCCCACCAGACUCCUCAAGAGGGAAUCAGGUUACCAUGAAAAUGGAGUAGUGAAAGCAGAGAAUGGCACCUCCCCACGGACUAAGAAACUCAAGUCUCCUUAAGGCCAAAGUGCUGAAAACUGGAAUCCUCUCGGGGUCCAUCAGGAAAGUGGGGAGCCCCGGCCUGCUCACUGCACCCCCUUCCUGCUCACAUGGCUCCAUCCC